AUGAUUUCUGCUUUAAAAAAGAGGUUCAUAUCAGCGGAAUGUUCCCAAUCGUCGUCAACCAGUUCCCGUACUCCUGCUGGUGUAGUUGCAAUAGAUCAACAAUUACAAAAGAAAUAUGCAAAAGGAGUUCAGUAUAACAUGAAGAUUGUUAUUCGAGGCGACCGUAAUGUCGGAAAAACAUCAUUAUUACGUCGUUUACAGGGACUUAGUUUUGAAGAGGAUUACAGUCCUACUGAGGAGAUACAGGUAGCUACAAUUCAUUGGAAUUAUCGUACUACCGACGAUAUAGUUAAAGUCGAUGUCUGGGAUGUAGUAGAUCAGAGCAGCAGAAAACGAGUAAGACUUGAGGGGCUUAAAUUGUCAAAUAAGGAAGCUCAGUUUCAAGAUGUUGCUUGUGACGCUCGUUUUGUUGACGUUUAUAAAGGAACUCAUGGAGUAAUUCUUAUGUUCGACAUCACAAAAAGCUGGACUUGGGAUUAUGUAAUUAAAGAAUUACCGAAUGUUCCAAGUAACAUCCCUGUUCUGAUCAUGGGAAACCGACGUGAUAUGGGUCAUCACCGUCAGGUUACUGAAGAGACCUGCCGUUCCUUCGUUGAGUCUUAUGAACGGUUGGUGUUUGCUAAAAUCGCUGUUAAGCUUGUGCAACAAAAUUCCCUGCUUCUUUCAAUUUUAAUAAAUAAAUUUGAAAUUAUGAUUAAAUUAAAUCUUCCGUUAGAAAUUCAUUUUUUAUCGGUUCUGUAA